GGCCAUCUUGGACGUUUAGACAGAAUCGAGCGUGGUUACAACUGAAGGGGGGAAAAAAGUUCCUCGCCGUACAUCUGUCGACUGAAAGAAAAUGUCAGGAGACGACGACCAGCAAGAGCAGACUAUCGCCGACGACUUGGUCGUCACCAAAUACAAAAUGGGCGCUGACAUAGCGAACAUGGCUCUGCGGGCUGUCGUGGAGGCGGCCAAGCCUGGAGUCUCUGUGCUCAGCUUGUGUGAGAAAGGAGACGCCUUCAUCACUGCUGAGACGAGCAAGGUGUUUAAAAAGGAGAAGGAGAUCAAGAAAGGUAUCGCCUUCCCCACCUGUGUGUCCGUCAACAACUGUGUGUGCCACUUCUCUCCUCUGAAGAGUGACCCUGAUUACACACUGCAGGAUGGUGAUGUGGUUAAAAUUGAUCUUGGAGUUCAUGUGGACGGCUUCAUCUCCAACGUAGCUCACAGCCUUGUGGUUGGAGCGACCAAGGAAGCUCCAGUGACAGGCCGGAAGGCGGAUGUGAUCAAAGCUGCCUACCUGUGUGCUGAAGCAGCUCUGCGGCUUGUUAAGCCUGGAAACCAGAACACUCAGGUCACCGAAGCCUGGAAUAAGAUCGCAGAGUCCUUCAAAUGCACAGCCAUAGAGGGAAUGCUGUCCCAUCAGCUGAAGCAGCACAUCAUUGAUGGAGAGAAGACCAUCAUUCAGAACCCUACAGACCAGCAGAGGAAGGAUCAUGAGAAAGCUGAGUUUGAGGUGCAUGAAGUGUAUGCUGUGGAUGUUCUGAUCAGCACAGGAGAGGGGAAGGCUAAAGACUCAGGACAGAGGACCACCGUUUACAAGCGAGACCCGAGCAAGCAGUAUGGGUUGAAGAUGAAGACUUCGAGGGCGUUUUUCAGCGAGGUGGAGAAACGCUACGACACUAUGCCUUUCACUCUCAGGGCGUUCGAGGAUGAGAGCAAGGCUCGGCUGGGUGUUGUGGAGUGUGCCAAACACGAGCUGCUGCAGCCUUUCACCGUCCUGCAUGAGAAGGAAGGCGAGUAUGUGGCGCAGUUUAAAUUCACCGUGAUGCUGAUGGCCAACGGACCCCUGAGAAUCACCAAUGGUCCCUUCGAGCCGGAGCUCUACAAGUCCGAGCACGAGGUGCAGGAUCCUGAGCUCAAGGCUUUGUUGCAAAGCUCAGUCAGCCGGAAGGCCCAAAAGAAGAAGAAAAAGAAGGCCUCUAAGACAGCAGAGAACGCCACAGGACAACCGAUGGAGGAGGAGACAGAGACUGCCAAGUAGAAAAAGCCUCCUCUGCCCCCUACUGCCAUUAAUACUGACCAACGGAGAAUAGAAGAGUCCCAACAUGCCCCACUGAGAAGCCUCCAGCCUAGCCUUCUAUCAGCCUGUAACUCUGUAUGACAGCUAUGAAGUCCACACAUCAGUUUUGAGUUCGCACAGCUCGUAUAGUCUGGUGACUUUAAUAACACUGGCUUCUCUACAGGAGGUUACAGAUGGGGAAGUGCUACAUACCAACUGACUGCCUUUAUUUACAGGGGCGCAUGUUGAGUGGGGUUGCCCCUCUUACAAUAAUAAUAUUUUUCUUAUUAAACUGUCAUUGUAAAACCAAUCUCAGAAAAUAAAAGCAAAGUGGCGGCACCAGCGAAAUAUCCUUA